CACGAGAGCGAGCGAGAAAGGUACCCUGGUGAUUAUCCUCAGAGCUCCAGAACUGCCACCAGCACCACCACGAUGUUCGACGACCAUUGGUACCACACACCGAGCUCCGCUCCCACUCCCGAACCGGCAGCAGCCUCCAAGCUCCGCAAAGAUGAAUUGAGGACACACUCGCCUCGGCCGUCGCUGAACGUCGUCGAAUGCUCAUAAGAAACCGCAAGCUCGGAAACCUAUGCCCGCUCUUCCCGUCGCCGAUGUCCCCCGAAGACCGAAAUCGCUCAGCAACCUCCGACACACUGAGUUUGUGGUACCGCGUGACGGGGGUGUCGCUGCUACUGAGGACGCGCCCCCGCCGAGACCCAAGUCGAGGAAUGAUGUGUAUGAACUGAAAGCGUCGCGGUACGGGCGUAGGAAGGGUAAUGGGAAAGCAACAGUGGAUGUGUCCCACAUUCAGGAUGAGCUAGACUUUGCCGACUGGUAUGGGGAGCUUGAGGAACAGCUUGAGGAUGCGUCCAAUGAGGAGUACCGGCUAUUCCAUUCGGUGCUCGAAUCGCAUCUGACUACCUGCAAUAACCUUGUUUCCUCGACCGACGACGCGCUCGCUAUCCUGAACGACUUGAAGAGCUCCUUCAUCACCGUUGAUGCCCAGACAUCCGCCUUCCAGGCGUCAUGCUCAUCACUCCUCGCCGACCAGAGCCGACUGCAAAUGCUCGCCGAUUCCGUGGCAACCAAUCUUCAACCCUUUACAGAGCUGGAACCGAUAACGCGGGUGCUUGCUCGCCCCGGCUCCGACUUUGUCAAGACGCAGUCGUUCCGCGAGAUGCUGGUACGGCUAGACCAUUGUCUCGACUGGAUGAAUGAUCCCGCGCACCGAUCAUUCAAGGACGUAGAGUCGUAUGCACCGAGAUUCAGACAGUGCAUGACCAGGGCGUUGACGUUGAUCCGCAACUACUUUGUGUCGAGCAUGAAAGAGGUGGCGAAUGAGGUCAUGGAGAAGAUGAAGCAGCGCCAGAUGAAUGAUUCAGCGCAAAAUGCUAAGUUCCGAAUCAAUGCACCGCAGUUGAGGGACAUCGUGUAUGAGAUUGAGAAGCGGUGUGGACAUGAAGAAUAUGUGUCUUUGCUCAAUGAGUGUUACUCAUGCUACGCUUCAGUCCGGCAGAAACUGAUACUGCCCGUAAUCACGAAGCGGAUGCAAGAGCUUUCCGCUGCCGGAACGUCCACCAGCAAAGAUCUUCUCGCUUUCGCACGGAGCGCGAUAAGUUUUACCCGGAGCAUCUGUCUGGAUGAGUUUGAGCUCUUUUACGCAUACUUUGCAGGUGAGCGGGGAGAUGAGGAGGUUUACAACUUUCUGGAGACAAUUUGCGAGCCCCUUUACGAUUACAUACGACCAAAAAUAAUUCAUGAGAAUAAUCUGGUGAAGCUUUGUGAGCUGUGCACCCUGCUACAGACGCGAUACAUGCGUGACCUCGAAGACCCUGAUAUCGAUCCAUUCGACCGCUCCCAGCUGGACUUUGGCCAGCUAAUCAAAGAGACCCUACAAGAUACCCAAACCCGCAUUGUGUUCCGCACUUCCAGCAUUAUACGUGACGAAAUCGAAUACUUCACCCCGAAACCGGAAGACUUGGACUACCCCGCCAAAUGCAAUCAGCUUCGACGGAGGUCGAGCGCAGCAUCUGGCGGGAACUCGCCACUACCGAACGAUCCUAGCAUCGUCGAGGGUUCUUUCGACACGGAGACAAUGUUCACGGGCUGGUACCCGACUCUCCGGAAAUGCAUAUGGUUGCUCUCCAAGAUCUACCGACUAGUGAACAGCGUAGUUUUCGACGACCUCGCACACCAAAUCGUCCACUCGACGACCAUUUCCCUCGUCCUCGCCUCACAAUCCCUCGCCAAAUCCAAAAGCGAUCUCGCCGACAGCCAGCUCUUCCUUAUCCGCCAUCUGCUCCUGCUAAAAGAGCAGCUGGUCGCCUUCGAUAUCGAGUUCUCGCACCAGCCCGAUGUCAACAUCGAUUUCUCGACCAUCACGGGGACUUUCUCGUCGCUGCGCACCGCCGGCUCCCUGUUCUCGCCCGGCGGCCUAUUCACUCUCGUCAAAACUGCCGCCAUGCCGAAAGUCAUUGCGUCCAUGCUCGACGCGAAGACGGAGCUCGACCUGCGACUCCGCACAGCGAUCGAGUCCUUCGUCUCGCACUGGCGCAGCCGCAUGACCGAGGGGAUCAAGGGCGCGUCCAAUCGGCUCGCUGCCGCAGACUCUCCCGACCCGGCGGCACGUGUCAAGACUGCUGUCGAAAGGGAGGUGCCGGUCAUGCGGCGCAAGGUGCUGGAGUACAUUGACGACCGCCGCACGGGCGAGACGCUGGUGGGCGCCGUGAUGGAGGGCGUCAUCGAGAGCUAUAAUGAGUACUAUGAGGAGGUGUUUAUCAGUAAGGGCCGCCGACCGAGGAAUCCGGAGGUCCCCUGGGACGGAGAGAUGUUUUGUCGCUGGGCGGAGGGAGUGUUUGAUGUGGGCGAUGGACUGCUGGCGUUUGGUGAUGAUGAUGACGGUGAUGGCAAGAGGAGUAGUAGGGCUAUGAGCAGGGAGGGCAGCAUUUAGUCCGCAUGUAGCUCAUCUAUGUAGAUCUUGGUCUGCCGCAGAUCACCCCGCUAUAGUUAAUCAUACCCCACAUUUCCCAUUGCAGCUAUGUAGCAGCUAGUUGUACC